UCGAGACAAACAAGCAGUCGAUCAAGAUGUUGGUGUGGCAGGAUGUGUUCACGGAGGACGAGGUGAUGUCGGACUCGAACAAGGUCGGUCCGUGCAAGGACCUCGAGGGCAACGUCGUCUCGGGCAUGUUCCAGGUCGAGUCCAAGACGGUUGCCAAGGGCGCCGACAACGUCGACAUCGGCUGCGGUGACGCCUUCGGCGGCGAGGAGGAGCAGCUCGACGACUCGGUCGAGACGGUCAACAGCGUGAUCGACGACUCGGUCGGCUUCGGCUACAUCGAGACGGGCUUCGACACCAAGGCCGAGCUCAAGACGUACCUCAAGUCGUACUUCCGCAAGACCAUGAAGUACCUCAAGACGUCGAACGCCAGCGACGAGGACCUCGCCCAGUUCAAGAGCGACGCCCAGGAGAUCGUCAAGUUCCUCGUGUCCAUGUUCAAGGAGCUGCAGUUCUACAUGUUCAAGUCGUGCGACUCGGAGGCCGGCCUCGCCUACGCCUACUACCCGGAGGGCGCCGUCGCCCCCACCUUCUGCUACAUCAAGUGGGGCCUCAAGGAGGUCAAGUUUUAAGCGCGUGCGAGCGCUAGACGGGGGUCCCGCGCUGCCGUGCGGGGCUUUCUCAUCUUGACCCGCGCAUUAAACUCUAAUUAAUGCCUCCUCUUCAUGUACUC